UUUCCAAGAGUGGAGAAGUAGGAAAUGAUACUCGCUGCUCGCCAAAGCUUACUCACUCAAAUGCAUUUUUUUGCAGUGGAAAAACUGUAGCACCGCUCUUUUGCUAAACGACGUUAUGAAUCAACUUACAGUGUUUUGCUUUUGAUUCAUGUUGGAAUUAGAAGUUUGUGCAGUCCUCCUCCCAGGGAAACAAAACCGCCCUUUGGAUAAAGAUUUCCGGUGGUAGAGCCAGGACGUCUGACGAGAGCAAGCAACGCCGGAGAAAAAUGCCCAUCCUCUAGUGAGCGCACUGACUGCACUGAGAACAGCGUGUUGGGGUGUCGUGGGCUCCUGUGGAUCAGACCAUACUUUUUGUUUGGCUGCGCACGCUCAAGCGGCAUUUUCCACGGAGCGUGAACUGUGGCAUUUAGCGGGGAUGCUGCCGGAUUCAACACAUGUGCUCGAAUGACUUCAGCUGAAACAUACAUUUCACCUGUGUGGUGUGAAGAAGCAGUACUGUAACUGACAGCGACUACCUUUUGCAUCUUACUUUUUGCUCUCGCAGAAUACUAUCUCGUUGGAAAUACAGCCGAACACGUUUCCACAUGGAAGAAAACGGCAUCACUGCAUCCUUUGAUUUUUGACGGAUUCCACACUUUCAACGAACAUCUUGUCUGCGUAGCUCCUACAGACCGGACAAAAAAUGUCAGAACUGACAAAGUGCUGCUUUUGAUUAGAGCUGUUCAUUUCAGGAACAUUACUGAACUCGCACCUUGAACAGUUUUCUUUUUUGGAUCAACUAGAGGAAGAAAGCAAAUGUCUACCGGUAGCAGCUCGUCUCCUCCGUCCUUAUCAAGAGUGCCGCUCCUCUCUCAGCAUCCCACUGCGCCGCCGACCCCCUCGCCGUCCCCCAGCCCGCCGGCUCCGCUGUACAGCCGCCUGUCGAACGGGAGCGCCAGCGCUCCCAGCCCCACCAACUCCCGGGGCUCUUUCCACGGCGUUUCCUUCCUCCUGCAGAUAGGACUGACCAGGGAAACGGUGAACCUCGAGGCAAAUGACCUGUCCCUUUCUGCGGUGAAGGACCUCGUCUGCUCCAUAGUGGACCAAAAGUUCCCGGAGUGCGGAUUCUUUGGCAUGUACGACAAGAUCCUGCUCUUCCGCCAUGACCUGAACUCAGACAACAUCCUUCAGCGGCUGACGUCGGCCGCGGACAUCCAUGAGGGGGACCUGAUCGAGGUCGUCGUCUCCGCGCUCGCCACCGUCGAGGACUUCCAGAUCCGGCCGCACACGCUGUACGUGCACUCCUACAAGGCCCCCGCCUUCUGUGACGACUGCGGCGAGAUGCUGUGGGGCCUGGUGCGGCAGGGCCUCAAAUGCGAAGGAUGCGGGCUGAACUACCACAAGCGCUGCGCCUUUAAGAUCCCCAACAACUGCAGCGGCGUGCGCAAGAGACGGCUGUCCAACGUGUCCCUGCCCGGCCCCUCCCUGUCCACCCCCCGCCCCGCCCCUGUCGAGCACGCGGUCGUGGCUCUGGAGGAGCGCUCCCAUCAGGAAGCGGGCAAGCGCAUCCCGUCCUGGAGCGGCCGACCCAUCUGGAUGGAGAAGAUGGUUCUGGGCCGGGUCAAGGUGCCUCACACCUUCGCAGUACACUCCUACACCAGGCCCACCAUCUGCCAGUACUGCAAGCGUCUGCUCAAGGGCCUGUUCCGACAGGGCAUGCAGUGCAAAGAUUGUAAAUUUAACUGCCACAAGCGAUGUGCAUCAAAGGUACCGAGAGACUGUCUUGGUGAGGUGGUCUUCAAUGGAGAGCCGGCCAGCCCGGGCCCCGAUUCGGACGUCAACAUGGAGGUGGAGAGCAGCGAUGUAAACAGCGAGGGCAGCCGAGGCCUGGAGGACUCUGAGGAGGCAUCCACUCCGGAGGACAAGGUCUUCUUCAUGGACCCGUCUUUCCUGGACGGGGACAAGGACGAGGAGACCAGCAAGACCAUCAGUCCUUCCACCAGCAGUAACAUCCCCCUGAUGCGAGUGGUGCAGUCCAUCAAGCACACCAAGCGGAAGAGCUCCACCGUGGUGCGCGAGGGCUGGAUGGUGCACUACACCAGCAGAGACAACCUGAGGAAGAGGCAUUACUGGAGGCUGGACAGCAAGUGUCUGACCCUGUUUCAGAAUGACACAGGAGCCAAGUACUACAAGGAGAUCCCGCUGUCGGAGAUCCUGCAGGUGGAGGCUGCCCGGGACUUCAGCAGUCUGGCCCUCGGCGGAAACCCGCACUGCUUCGAGAUCAUCACCGACACCAUGGUCUACUACGUGGGCGAGAACAACGGGGGCAACCUGCCGAACCCGGUGCUGGCCGCCUCGGGGGUGGGCCUGGAGGUGGCGCAGGGCUGGGAGAAGGCCAUCCGGCAGGCGCUGAUGCCCGUCACCCCCCAGCCCAGCGUCUGCUCCGCCGCGGGGCAGGGCAAGGACCACAAAGAGCUGUCCAUCAGCAUAUCUGUGUCCAACUCGCAGGUGAAGGAGAACGUGGACAUCAGCUCAGUGUACCAGAUCUUUGCUGAUGAGGUCCUGGGUUCAGGGCAGUUUGGAAUUGUGUACGGAGGGAAACACAGGAAAACAGGAAGAGAUGUGGCCAUCAAGGUGAUUGAUAAGAUGAGGUUCCCAACCAAACAGGAGAGCCAGCUGAGAAACGAAGUGGCCAUUCUCCAGAACCUACACCACCCUGGGAUUGUCAACCUGGAAUGCAUGUUUGAGACACCUGAACGGGUCUUCGUCGUCAUGGAGAAGCUCCACGGGGACAUGCUGGAGAUGAUCCUGUCCAGUGAGAAGAGCAAGCUGCCAGAACGCCUGACCAAGUUCCUGGUUACACAGAUCCUGGUGGCUCUCAGGCACCUGCAUUUUAAGAACAUCGUACACUGUGACCUGAAACCUGAGAACGUGCUGCUGGCUUCUGCUGAGCCCUUCCCUCAGGUGAAGCUGUGUGAUUUCGGCUUCGCCCGCAUCAUUGGGGAGAAGUCGUUUCGCCGCUCGGUGGUGGGCACGCCGGCGUACCUGGCCCCCGAGGUCCUGCGCAGUAAGGGCUACAACCGCUCGCUGGACAUGUGGUCCGUCGGCGUCAUCGUCUACGUCAGCCUGAGCGGCACCUUCCCCUUCAACGAGGACGAGGACAUCAACGAUCAGAUCCAGAACGCCGCCUUCAUGUACCCACCCACCCCCUGGAGGGAGAUCUCGGCAGAAGCGACAGACCUGAUAAACAACCUGCUUCAGGUGAAGAUGAGGAAGCGCUACAGUGUGGAUAAGUCCCUCAGUCACCCCUGGCUGCAGGACUACCAAACGUGGCUGGACCUGCGGGAGUUUGAGACCAGGAGAGGGGAGCGCUACAUCACUCACGAGAGCGACGACGCCCGCUGGGAGGAGUAUGCCGACGAGCACAACCUGGUCUACCCCAAGCACUUCAUCAUGUCGCCCAACCUAGACGACAUGGAGGAGGACCCCUAGAGGCCAGGGGAACUCCCUGCGCGCGUCAGCGGAGGAGUUAGCAGGCAGGGCGGCCUGUCUGACAGAGACCUGGGGAGACGCUCCAGCCCCUGGACCCGAGGCGGGCCUAAGGGCCUAAAAGCGCUCACUGUGGCGUGGGGGCGGAGCAUGGGCACUGUGCAGACGCCCGAGCGGACACAGCACCGCUGGGACAAACACGAGGAGCCCAGCGGGGGAGACUUUUCUUUUUCAGGAUAUUUUAUUUUAUUUUAUUAAACAUUCCAGAGAUCUGGCAAUGCUCUUUCUCAGCUCUCUAAAAUGAAAAAUCUGCCUUUUCUACAAGCCAUAAGAUACAGGUCUUCUGACCCUGAUUUCUCGGUUGA